CAAAAAAGCUUUCUAAAAAUGGACGUUUUUGAUCUGUCAAAAUAUAUUUAUUUUUAAAAAAUGUUUUAUUUUUCCUGAAAUGAAUUAGUGCAGUGUCAGUUCAAAAUGUAUUUUCCAGUAGGUUGGCCAAAGGUUAUUAAACUUCCGGAAUUAGGACAAUGUACCAUUAAGCAAAUAACAUGCAAUAGAGAUAGGAUUUUAUUUUCUAUUUUGACUGAUGAUACAUUGGCAAUAUGGUUUUGCAAGCCAUGUGUACCUAUAGUUUUUCAUCGAAGAUCAUCAAAAUCCCUAGAGAAAUUUGGUACAAAUAUAUUAGCAGAAUGGAAGCCAGAUUCCAGUAUGAUUGUUAUAGCUACUUCAGAAGGUCAUCUAUUAUUUUACAAGGUUGGAGUCAAAACAAAUCAAAAGGGUCUUUAUCUCCAAACUGAUUCUCCACAUGCCAACUUACGAAGGGACAGUGCAGAAUUAUUUAUUAAAGAAACUAUACCUCCUUUAGUUUUAACUGUGGUUGCAGAAGUGCAUGUUUGGGAUGGUAGAAUAACAGGAAUAGUUUGUAUUACAAUGACUGAAUUAAUGUUAUCUACGACUGAGGGUCACGUCUUAAGAUUUAGGUGGGAUGGAAGCCAAAAUAGAGAUUAUACGUUAGAUUUAAGACGAAUACCUUUUUGUAUUAAUCAGCAAGUUUCAAAAGCAAUACCUAUUGUUGAAGAGAACACAUUUAUAAUAGAUAUAGAAUAUUCUCCUUUAGUAGGGGGUUUUUCAAUUGUUUUAAAUGAUGGCAGGGCUGCCUUUUUAACUGCAACAACUUUAAAAUUUGAUCCAAAUCAAGUGCAGGGAAUUUGGGCUCAAGGAAUAGAAGAUGCUAGUUGUACAACAAUAAACCAUAAAUACAGAUUAAUUACUUUUGGAAGAACCAAUUCAGAAUGCGUAGUUUACUGCGUGGACGAAAGCACCGGUGGCUUGGAAGUGUCCCACAAUUGCGUGCUGGGCAGCAAAGACUACCCGGGAUGUCCCGGCGCGGUGGGGCAGGUACGGUGGACCCCCGACGGUUGCGCUCUGGUGGCCGCAUGGGAAAAAGGUGGUCUGGCGAUGUGGUCCACCUUCGGCGCACUCUUGAUGUGCUCGCUGGGUUGGGAUUACGGCCUGAACGUCGACAUACAGAGAUGCAAUCCGCUUCAAAUACUAUCGAUGGAUUUUGCAACAGAAGGUUACCAACUUUGGAUGGUCAGAAAAGACCUGAACAAAGAACCCUUAGACAAUGAUAAUACCAACACUGAAGAAAACAAUAUACCAUCAAACACUCUGAAAACCAGUUUAAUUCAGUUGGAUUUUGUUAAAAGCGCUCUUACCAUAAACCCUUGCCAAAGUCACCAAAGUCAUUUGUACCUCCAGGGAGAAGAUAAAUUGUUUGUUAACUCCGCCGAUACUUUGGUUAAAAUGUUUUCCGAAAGGUCCAACAAGGACGAGUUGUUUGGGGAUAUGCCCACGUCCAUGACCACUUUGGCCGAAGGGAGACAGUGGUUGGUAAUACCGGUUCCGUCCACAUAUUCUGCGACAAAUUGGCCAAUAAGGUAUUCUGCAAUAGACAGCGAUGGUCAGAACAUGGCGAUAGCGGGCAGAACAGGCUUGGCGCACUACUCGAUGCAAACGCGCCGUUGGAAACUGUUCGGCAACGAGACUCAGGAGAAAGAUUUCAUCGUGGCCGGCGGGUUGCUGUGGUGGCGCGACUACGUCAUCACCGGUUGCUACAGCAUCAUCGACAACGCCGACGAGCUGCGAUUUUACCCGAGGGACGCGAAGCUGGACAACAAGUUCGCCCGAAUCGCGCGCGUUUCCGCCCCGAUACUCCUGAUCAACGUUUUGCAGGAUCAGCUGAUCACUUUCUGUUCGGAUGCGCAGGUUUCCAUAUGGAAUUUGCAACAAAACGAUGCCGUGGGCGACGUCGACGUAAACAAGGUGCAAACAAUCGACAUAUCCGCUCUCGCGGUACAUCCGGCCUGUAUAGCGUCGAUUACGUUGACGUCGUUGCGCACCGAAACCGGCAGAGGGCAGCAGAAGAACCCGGAAAGUAUGGUGCUGAACGUCAGCGGUAGACUGUUGAUGGUUCAGAGGGAAAUCAGGAAUGGAGAGAAGUACGCCUCCUUGAUGCCCACCGUGCUGGCGAGCUGCGUUGAGAAUGUGUGGGUGCCUGGAAAAAGAAGAGUAGAGAAGGCUCACUUAACUGAAGCUCUUUGGUUGUUUUGUGGUGCUCAUGGGAUGAGAGUUUGGUUACCACUUUACCCUAGAGAUGGCGAUAAAAGCCACACUUUCAUGUCUAAAAGAAUUAUGUUACCUUUCCAUUUAAGAAUUUACCCUCUUGCCAUUUUAUUUGAAGAUGCAAUAAUAUUAGGAGCCGAAAACGAUACUAUUCUAUACACUUCGGAUUCUAAUUCACCUUUUUCACUGCCUUUUUGCGUUUUACAACGUACUAGUCAAGUUUAUUUACAUCAAAUUUUACGUCAACUAAUUAGAAGAAACUUGGGUUACCACGCCUGGGAAAUAGCUAGAAGUUGCAUGAGCUUACCGUAUUUUCCACAUUCCUUGGAACUGCUGUUGCAUGAGGUUUUGGAAGAAGAAGCGACCAGUAAAGAGCCCAUACCGGACGCUCAGCUGCCGAGCGUGAUCGAAUUCAUAAUGGAAUUCCCCGUAUACUUGCAAACAGUGGUGCAAUGCGCGAGAAAAACCGAGAUCGCGCUCUGGCCAUGCCUAUUUUCUGCGGCCGGCAAACCCAAAGAUCUAUUUCAGGAAUGCAUGGCCAAAAGGCAGCUGGACACUGCUGCCUCCUACCUCAUCAUACUACAAAAUUUGGAAACUUCUUCUGUCAGUAGACAGUAUGCCACUUUGUUACUAAAUACAGCUCUUGAUAGAUCAAAGUGGGAGUUGGCCAAAGAUUUGGUGCGAUUCUUAAGAGCUAUAGAUCCAAACGAUGUCGAAUCUCCGCGCAACUCGUUCAUCUUGCCUCAGAAGUUGGGUCUGACGCCGCAGACGCCGCCAGUGAGUCCCAACGCCGAGGACAUCUCGCUGAUUUUGGGCAACGUGCAGGGAACGCGCGUGCGCAGCUACAGCACGACCAUCUCGCCGAAGAUGGUCGAACGAGGGCCGAACGCCGGCAACGUCGGCAACAUGAACAACCUGGCCGAAUCGCCGAUGCCGAACAGAAAAAAGUCGGUGCCGAAUUCGGUGGGGAAUAGCAACGCCAAAAGCGAAAAUAGCAGAAGUUCGCCUGGAAACACGGCGGAAGAGUUCUUCAUCGACGUGAUACUUCAAAAACAUGCGCGCCGUUUGCUAUCGGCCAGGAGGUUGUCUGAUCUUGGUUACUUCGCUGCCCACUUAGAUUUUCAUCUGGUCGCUUGGCUGGGCAAAGAACGAGAUCGGGCCGCCAGAAUCGACGACUUCGUCAAGGCGUUAAAACAACUGCACGAGGAGAUACCGUGGCCGUAUCCCGAACCGAGCCAGGCAACAACAAAAAAUCUAGCUGCUCCCACAGCACAUUUAGAAAGCCCAACCGACACGCCUUUGGAAGACCACCUGCGCGCCCUAAAAAUCGACGUGUUCAACUCCCCGACAACCUCUAGUCAAGUGGGCGACAGCGGCUACAUGAGCUUCCAAGGCGUGCCGUGCACCGGCCUCGUGACCCCCAUAAACACUCUGGAACAAUCGAGCCAAAUGGCCGACACCGACGCCGAACAGAGCGUCGCCUCGCAGACGGACGCGAAAAGCGUCAAAACCGAGCGAGACUCGGUCAACUUCGACAAGAAGGUGAACUUGUUCGGGCAGAACAUGAUUUACGAGAGGAGCAUGAGCUUGGGGUUGCAGAACACGCCGAUCAAUUCGACCGCUGUCGACGAGUCGAUGAUGAGCACGGUGAGUUCGGUGUGGGGCGAUGACACCAGGGAUGUCCUGAGCACGCCUAGCACGGACAAUUGGGAGGUACCGUCCAGCCAGUUGUUGGAGCAGCUGUCCAUUGCUGGCAACAAGGGAUCGCAUCGAUCUGAAGUGCAAUUAAGAUAUUUGUUACAAUUAUUUAUGGAAGCGAGUUGUUUGGAAUGGUCCUUGCUCAUAUCUGUUUUAUUACGCGAUGCGAUGGCCGUGGUGAGAACCGUAAACGCGGCAAAAUCAUAUGAUCAAAAUAUCGAGUCCGUGUCCCGCCUACGACAGGGUCUUUUAAUUCUCAACUUCUGGACAAACACGGAGUGUUUGGGUUACAAGGCGUUCAUGAUGGCAAUACAAAAUCAAAUAUCCGUCCUAACGAAAAUCCUCGAAACGAAGAUCCAGCACCAGCAGAUAAUCGAGUACCAGCAGGCGGUGCUCAGCAAGAUUUCGUCGCCGCCUGCUCCGUCGCGCUCGCGCAAGUCCAGCUCCAACCAGGACGUUUCGAGCCAAGGCGGCUCGUCCAAAGAUCGGGCCGUCGCGGCGAUUAACGCCGAGAGAGAGGAAAACGCUGCGGUUGCCAGUCCGAAAAAUGAUAUUAACGUCACGGAGGACGCGGGCGAGGAAAUAAUACCGGAAAGUACAGGUUGUAUUCUAUCUUAAGUUUUUUUAUAGAUAAUUUAUUCAACAUUCUGUCCGUCAACGAAGUUCUCCUUAAAGAUCUUGUCUAACGUAACAUGUAUUUUUGUAUUUAGUCCUUGGUGGACAAUAUAACCAUUAGUAGUCAUAAAUAACUUUAUACUAAAGAAAAGACAAGACUUAUUUAUAUUUUUAGGAGAAUUAGUACAUUGGGCCAAAAAAAUCGACUAUUUUUUUUUGGAAAGUAUAUCGAAAAUAUUGUUUGGGGUGACAAAAAAAAUUAUGGUGAAAGUUUGAGUCCAUAAUAUUAUCUAAUAUUAAGAGGUCUAUCAUCGCAAUUUUAGAUUUUUUUUUCCUGACCGAGUUUUUGUCUCAGACUUAAGAAUAUUUUUUGAAGAAAAUUGAAUGCUCCACAAAAAAGGUUUGAUUGGAAUUUUCCGUCAGAUGAGCCCUUUUCUUACAAUCAUGCCUUAAAAAUUGGUAUAGUUUUACAAUUUUAUCUUUUAACUUUGGAAUUUUGUAAUUCAAGUAAAAAUCAGUACCCUGAGAAAAAACGAUAAAUAUUCUUAUGGGAAAUCAAAUGCUCUACAAAAAAGUCUUUUAUCAUUUUUGGCUAAAUUCACCCCAUCAAAAGUUAUUCAAGGUUAAAUUUGAAGUCAAAACGAAAUUUGAAUAAUAACUUUUGAUUGAGUGAAUUUAGCCAAAAAUGUUAAGAGGCUUUUUUUGUAAAGCAUUUGAUUUCCCAUAAGAAUAUUUAUCGGUUUUUUAUGGGUACUGAUUUUUACAUGAAUUACAAAAUUCCAAUUUAAAAGAUCAAAAUGUAAAACUAUACCAAUUUUUAAGGCAUGAUUUUAAGGAAACGGUUCAUCUGACGGAAAAUUUCACUUUAACUUUUUUUGUAGAGCAUUUAAUUUUCUUAAAAAAAUACUUUUAAGUCAAUUUUGUUAAACUCAAUGGUUUGGGAGUUCUGAGCCUAAAACAUGCUGAGGAAAAAAAAAUUAAAAUUGCGAUGAUAGACCUCUUAAUAAUAAUAUUAUGGACUCAAACUUUCACAAUAAUCACCCCAAACCAUAUUUUCGAUAUACUUUUCAAAAAAAAAAUAGUUGAAUUUUUUGGCCCAGUCUAUUGUACUUAAUAAAGCAAUACAACAAUUAAUUCUUCUAUAAAUAUAAAAUAUUGAACUGAAUAAGCUAGGAAAAUAGUACAAAUGUAAAGCAUUUAAAAGCAUGGUAACAAUAAUACAUGCUUUUUAAUGUAUUACUGUGAAAUUAAUGUGGCAAAACUUGAAGGAUCUUUAUUUUUAUUGUAUUUUAAUUGAAAUACUUAUGCAACGAAUUAUGUUAAGAUCAAUUAGUCGUUGAGUGUAAACAAAGUGUCUGUGUAUUUUUUUCAAAUCAUUUUGCUUUACACUGGUUGUUGUGGUGAUUUUAAAUUUUAUACUCGAGACUUGAGAGUAUACGUAUCUAUAAGCGUUUUAAAUCGUCGGAAAAAUUUUCACAGGCAUUGGAAAAAUUGUCUUUAAAAACAAUUUUUUUUUGAAAAUUUAAAAAUAUUCCCAUUUUAAUAACAACAAAAUCACGGUCUUAUACAGGGUGCACCAAGUAUCCUUCUAUGUGUUUUUUGGAUUUGAAUAGCUACAAGGUCGGUUAAAUUAGAGAAAAGUUCCAUAAUUACCAGUCUAUUAAAAUUAAAUUUAUAAAUUGAAAAAAUAGCCAGCGGUUCUCAAAAUAUUUAAAAAAAAUCUAAAUCCUUUCAAAACCAAAAAUCAUUAUAACCUUGUUAUUCCUGGGAAUUUUGAAACAAAGUAAGUUUAACAUGUAAACAUACAUAUUAAUCUACAUUUUUUUCUCUCUCUCUCUCUCUAUAUUUUUUAUCCACCAAGUCCGGAGUACCAUAAGCCUCUCCCUCAGUAAUGGAUUUGGUCUGAGCCGAUGUGGCUCUUUUAACCAGUCACCAGUAGAUACAUGUGGAAUUUCAAAUCAUGAAACAUCCACUAAAUCGAUUGAACAAAUCACAAAAUACCUUGCAAUAUUAUCGAGAAAUACCGGUAUAUUUCUAUACCGGGAAUCCCAUUUUAUCCUUCCUGGGUCAGUCAACUAUUUUCAGACUUUUUGGAGCGAUGCACAACAGUUGAAGGAUAAAAUCGAACUCCAUUAAUGUAAUGUAAUUUUCUUUGUUAGUUUUAAGUUACCAUCACCAUCUUUUUUUUAUAAUGACCGCCAUAACUUAUCUAACCAUGUAAAUUUCCAAUAUGGAGGCCAUAAAAAAACAAAGAUGGUGGUGGUAUUUCAAAAUCCAGUAGGCAAUAAAAAAUCACUAAUAUAAUGAAAAUGUACAUAAAUUUGUAUGUUUACAUACAUAGUUUUUUUAAAAAUUACCAGGAAUAACAAAUUUAUAACGAUUUUAGGUUUUGACAGGUUUUCAGUUUUUUUCCACAUUAUUUGAGAACCGCUGAUUUUUUAGUUAAAAAUUCCAUUUUAAUAGACUCGUCUAAUUUAACCGACCUUUGAAGAUCUUUAGAUAAAAAAGAUACCCAUACAAAGGAUAUAUGACGCGUGGAAAAUUAAAUGGUUGAUAAUUUAGUUGCUUGGGUCCUUAUUACAAAAAGGGGGCCUAUUUGAAAUAUUGAUUUACAAAAUAAAUGAUUUAUAAAACAGCACCGAAUAUAUUUUUGCGGCCUGGUAGAAUAGUCUUACUGAACUAAAAUUAAUAAUAAUUAUUAGAGUUGAAUACGAAAAAAAGUAAGUUAAUUUUUCUGCCAGCUAAUUUUUCCGAAAAUUUUAAAACGCUACUACUUAUUCAAUAGUUGAAGAUCAAAACAGUCAAUUGUAAACCCUUAAUAAAUAAAUUAAAAAAUCAAUGAUUUGUGCCUCAUGUUUCGAAUUGUGACGGCAAAAACAUUCCUUAACAGUUAACGCAAAGAACUGACCUAUGUAUUCGGUAAAUAAUAUUUUUGCAAUGUAAUUUUGAUAUUAAUUAGUUUAGUUUAGUAAUAAUUGUUUAAGUUUGUAAAUCAGCAAUAACUUUCAAAGAAUUUGUGGGUGAUAAGGUUAUUAACAAUCCUCCAAACAUAGUUGUACAUGCAUAAUUUAAAAUGUUUUACCAUGUUUGGAAGUUAAAUAUUUGUUGUAUCAAAUUAAUUUUAAUAGAUAAUGUUGACCGUUUUAUACAAUAUAUUACUAAUACUCUUUAUUGUUAUAUUUAUUUAUAUAAUUAUUUAUGUAGUCAUAAUAAAACAAUGUAUUAUAUGAAAAGUGUUUUUAUUUAAAUUACUUAAGCUUGUAAUGCCGGCCUUUCUUCCUUUGCCUUCAGGUUCACAUUUGUUUGGGCAUAUCCAGUACCACCCUAAAGUAAUA